GCUGUCUAAAGAUGGCUGAAGUUGACGAUGGUGACCAGAAAGCAGCAGACAAAGAUAAUUUGCAGGUUUUAAAGGAACUUGUGGAUAAACUAUAUCACUUCAGAGACCACUAUUUUGAAACUCACAGUGUGGAGGAUGCCAGCAGAAAACAAGACGAUGUUACCAAGGAAAUCAAUAAAACACUUGAGAAGCUAGAGCAGCAGGAAGAACUUCACAGAAACAGCGCUCAGUACCUGCUGCUGCGGGGUCGCUGUCUGAACGCAGCUCCACAGUUUAGUCAGGCAGCAGAGGAGAGCCUCUCAAAGGCAGUUAAAUUGGAGCCAGGCCUUGUAGAAGCAUGGAAUACAUUAGGCGAGCAAUACUGGAAAAAAGGAGAUCUGAUUGCUGCAAAAACCUGUUUCACAGGCGCCUUACAGCAGAACAAGAAUAAAGUUUCUUUGAGAAACCUUUCUAUGGUGCUGAGGCAGUUGCCCCCAGAAGGUGGCGCUCAGGACCAUGGCAAACGUAUUAUGGAGAGCGUGGACCUGGCUAGACAGGCUGUGCAGCUGGAUGUCACAGACGGAACAUCAUGGUAUAUUUUAGGAAAUGCAUACAUCUCCCUGUUCUUCAUCAGUGGACAAAAUCCUCAGAUGUCUCAGCAAGCUCUUGGUGCCUAUUCCCAAGCUGAGAAAAUUGACAAAGCGUCUGCUUCAAAUGCUGAUCUGCACUUUAAUCGGUCCACGCUGUUCCAGUAUGAGGAGAUGUUCAGUUCAGCUUUGGCCGGGUACAGUCGAGCUGCUGCUCUCGACCCGGGCUGGGAGGAGCCUAAAGAGAGGGAAAAGUAUUUGCUGAACUACCUGGACCAAGUCAUUAUUUUAAUGGAAAACAAGGGUAAAGUGAAAGCACGGCGCUUACGUAACAUGCUGUCCUCUCUGAGCGUGUCUGCUUUGGGUCCGUGUGCCUCGCCUCAGUUCCGCUCCUCCACAGGCCGCAAUGGAAGCCUGGAGCCUCGUAGUUUUUCCGAACUUACACACGGCCUUAACACCGGUGUUGCAGCCAUGGGAAAAGUGGUGUUUAGUCUGGCUACGGAAGGCCGUAUGGCUUUCACAUUUGGAAUGGUGGACAGCGAGGAGACGUGUUGUGUGGUUAUGGUUUAUAACACUGCUGAUGGAUGGGGUGUUUUAAUAGGAGACACAGUUGUCAUUCCUGAACCACAAGUGAAAAGACACAGCAUAACACAUAACGAUAAGUCUUAUGAUUUCCGCAGUAUACGUGUGGACUCCCCUCUGCUGCUGAUUGUCAAUGGAAAGAGACAAGCGAUGCAAAGCCAAACAGCAACUUCAGUCAGUUAUAAACCACAUACUGAAUGAGUUAGUGCAAGCAGAUGAAGACUGUGGAGUAGCACGAUAAAAAAUGACCUUUUGUUGUUGUUGUUUGUUUUUUGUACAUAUUGUGUAGCCUUUUCUUAUUUGAAACUGUUUGUACAUAUUUAUUUUUAAGUUUCACAUUAACUGGGGUUGUUAGGCAUUUUGUUAAAUUAUCUCCUGCUGCCUGUUUCAGAUUUGAGAGAAUAAAACUUUUACAGUGGUGCUCCACAGUGGUAAUACA